AUGGCGGACAGCGAAAGUGAUUUGGAAACUGACGGACUUGAAUUGGCCCUGGACACGUUGUGCGACAGACACUGCAGACACACGUCGUCUCUGAAAAGUAAAGGAUACUGCGCUGAGUUCUGUGAGUUGGUGGAGGAGUACACAGGGCAAUGGCAAGUUCCUCUCCCUCAGCUGAAAGUGCUACGGACUGCACUCUGCAGUUUCACCAAAGCCACUGCUGCCUUCCCUGAUGACUGUCAGCACAUCCGUUAUGUUCUCAGCAGUAUGGCCUUGAGUUUUUUUGAACUGAUGCUGUUUUUCAGCAAAGAAGAAUUUGUUGAAGAGCCUUUAAAAGACAUUCUUGAUUCCUUUCAGGAGUGCCACUCUCAGCUCCUGAGGCACAGGAACAUCUACCUUCAGCAUGUGAAGCUGAUCAUCAAAGCAGGAGGCCCGUGGGAGAAUUUAGUGCUGCAAGGAAUCCUGAAAGAGGGGGACUUGCCAUUAAAAGAAGUUGAGGACUACUUAAGCUCGGAGUUGCCAGUGUUCUUUGAGCUGCGGAUUCGCUAUCUGCAAGCCUGUGAACGGAUGCAAGAGUCGAUGGCCCUGGCUAAAAGCUGCCUGGAGAAUCGCGAGGCUGGAAAGCAUCUGUACUUCCAUCAGGCCUACCUGACCUGCCUCUACAAGGCCUCACUGCAUGAACACCUUCACAAGGGGAUGGCAGAGAUAGAUGGCCGUGAUGCAGUGGAGAUCAUCUGCAACACGGAGAGCGUUGAAAAAGAUGAACUUUUGUUGUCUCUGUGUAAAGCUUUCCUUACCCAGCAGCUACACAAUGGAGACAUGUACUACAUCUGGGACCUGGUGUUCAUCUGGAGCAGGCUGCAUCUCAGGGCCCAUCCCUCCAGACAUGGUUUUCUGGCCGAGUGCUUGCAGUUGGCUUCUUCUGCAAUGAACGUCAGAGCCAUCUUCCCCUUCAUCAAACUGGUCACCACAGAGCUGGGGGUUGAAGGCGUCCCGGUCUGUGUGGAGCUUUGUGCCAGGGCCUUGCAGCUGGGUGAAGUGCAGGCGGACAGUGUCACCCGGUCCCUUGUCUGCAAGACCAUCGCCUUCCUGCUACCUCACGACCUGGAGAUCUGUCGAGCGUGUGCGCUGCUGGUCUUCUGCCAGGAACGCACCCUGGAAGCUUACCGAACCGUCUGCCUGCUGUACAUGCACCCUGACCAGGAGCCGCAUCCCCAAAACAGCCCAGUCCGGACCAACGUUCGCUUCCAUAUUUUGCAGAUGCUCAAGGAGCGCCUGUGUUUUGACCCCGAGUUUUGGAACCUCUUGACCCUCAGGACCCACUGCUUGGAGUUGAUGAGUGACAAGGUCAUGAAGGCUGCAGUUCUCAGUGAGCUUAAGGAGGAAGAAGAGAAGGAAUCCAGUGAAGAGCUGUUAAUAAAUAUGUGUGUAAAUGACUCAUGCACUCAAGGUUUCAAUUCCCGCCAGUGCACUGAGGAUGGAGAGACCGAAAAGGGGGUUGCCCCACCAAAUAUUGCUCUUCGGAAGAGGACGAAAUGGCGAAAACGCCUGCGAAGGAGAAACCGAUCGAAGUCUGACGAUGAGGCCGACCGUGGUGAUGAUCCAGAGUUCAAAUACUAUCUCAAAUCCACCUCUUAUGACAAUAAGCCGGUGUAUUCACUCAGACGCAUUCACACUAACAUUGAAAACUCGGCUAUCGUAAAAGCCCCCCUGAACCGCAAGAGAGAAUACUUGUCGAGGUGUGUGAAGAGCCACAUUUUGAAAAGGAAGGGUCUGAAGAGAGGAUGUUUGCAGGGUCUUCCGAGGCUGGAACAGGUGCAGACGGUUCAAGAGAACACGGUCAAAGUGCAAGAGAAGAAAGUCAAUGGUAAAAAACGGGGACGGAAGCCUAAGCAGAAACUGGAACUCUCCUUCCCUGAUAAUGAAAUGUCCCUCAAUGAGGAGGAGUCUGGUUUUGAGGAGAUAACUGACACAGAAGACGGAGAGCUGGAUAUGCCUCACCUGGAGAAUGAACUUGAACAAAAGAGUGAAGAGAAAGAGAAUCAUUUCGAGCAGAUGGAUAAUCUCGAGAGGGAGAAUGAACUUGAGAAACAUCCCGACUUGACCUCUAGGAGCAAUCUCAAUGAACACACCCAAAGGGAAUCUCAAGCGCAGUUUGGUGACGGUCUUCCUGACGAGCCUCAAGCUAUUGUUCCUUCUGUUGACGCUGAUCCUGAGCUUGAUGGUCCACUCUUGACGUUAUUGGAUUGUCCAAUCGAGCUACACAGCUACUCUCUCAAAUCCAAAAAGCCUGAUCGGGAGAAACUGCAACCUCCAGAUUCCUUGGCACUCGAUGAGGUGAGUGGCGACACACAACGGGAGCCCCAACCCGCAGUGGAACCAGAUAUGUCGAACAUUGAGAUGAAAGCCAAGAGAACGUGGAAGGACAAAAUACUCCGCACUCAACAAUAUGCCCACUUGACUCACCGCUGCAACUUCUGCCACAAAGACUAUAAAGGCUUGAAUGUGAUGAGGCAUGCGCUCUCACACCUUAAGAGGAGCAAACUAAAAUGUAUUCUCUGUGGAAAACGCUUUAAACAGCUCCCCUUUGCCAAAAAGCAUAUUCUGGACCACCUUGCUGAAAUGUCCAAACAGAAACCCCCUGAUAAGGAGCCGUGCACUGAGGACAUCCCAGCUGCUAAUGAGAUAGUAGAAAAUGUGAAAAAUAAGAGUCAGCCUGCGAUUGAAAAUCAGAUUUCCAUUUCCGUUGAGAAAACCCCUGAACAGAAACCCGUCAGCAAAACCAAAAUGUCAAGUCUCAAGAGGGAAGAUCGAAUCAUCAGGAACCUCCGCACACUCAUCAAAAAGACAUCUGUGCUUCACAAAAAGUGCAAGAACCCGGAUGCGAAAAUAUUCAAGCCGGUCGAAUUCAAAGAUGAGCAAAUAGUCAUUACAGACGACACGGUGACUGUAAGAGAUCCGUCUGUGGAGGAGGAGGAGAAGCCAGCAGGAGAAAAUGGCUCCGGGGCGGAGACGUAUCAAUUGUGCCCCUCAGAGUCCUGUGAUCGAGUGUUCCUGAGGAUUAGCAGCACGCUAACGAAGCAUGCCAUCAAAUGCCAUCUCAACGAAGAGAAGGUUCUGGAGAAGACUUUCCUGUGGACCAAACACAAGUGCACCUUUUGCCUCAGGCAGUUACCGUUCCUCCAGCAUUACAAGGACCACAUGAAGCUCCACGAUACGUCUCUCCAGCACUUCUGCUACCAUCUGGAGUGUCACCAGCGCUUCUCGGCACUGCCGGAUUUGAAGAACCACGUCAACACUCACCAGCCCUUCAGACCUCAGUGUUCAGUCACGGACUGCGAGAAGCUGUUCUCGAGCUUCCAAGGUCUCUACGACCAUGAAUGGAGACACUACAUCCCAGCGCCUCAAAGGGAGGAAGUCGAUUCGGGACCCGGCAGACAGAAGACGCAAAGUGAAGAAGCGCCGUGGAAGCAGAGAGUGAAGAUUGAAGACUUAUGGCUUCAGAGUAAAAAGGUCCUUAAUCCCGCGGAGGCUUCUUAUCUAGAGGGUUUCAGAGAAGUGAAUAAAACUGAAGACCAGCCCGGCACAGUAAAUGUCCCAGACGGUAAACCAGAUCCGUCUAAACCUCCUAAGUGUUCAGAGAACACCGUCAACCAUGAGCCCACAGACGACUGCAACGCCGCCGUCAAUGGACAUCAGAAAGAGACCACGCCCACAUUGCGAGAGGGAAAGCCUCCAAGUAAGAGCCCUCGAAAGAGAGCGCCCACCGAGUGGGACCCCUUGAAUGUCCGAGAACUCGUGGAUCGGUCCACUUUGACGAAGGGGGUCCAGAAGCCACUGGGAGAGGCGCACAUAACGGAGCACAAAACCUUCAAACCCGACGACCCCGCAUAUGCGAUGUUCGUCAAGGCUCCCUUCAUCCGGCCGCCGCCCUCCUCCUACCUGGAUGAAGCUCGGCUCUCGAUGCGCAAGAGGAGGUCCAACGAGGACGAUGCGCCGAAGAAAAAUAUUUACUCGAGAAAUACGGAGCAUCUUCCCGACAAGCAGCAGCAGGAGGAUCACGUGACCUCUGGGCAGAAGAUCAGGCAGCGCUGUGACAAAUGUCUUUCCUCUUUCAGCAGCGUAGAAGAAUUCCAGAAACAUAAAGUCCUGAACACCUGCUCGUCACUCUUUGGCUUCGAUUCAGACGAUGAAAGUUAGUGGUGAGAGGAGCUGGACUCUGCCACCUGGCUUCGGGCAAGCGCUCUAGAUGGAGCAACACUGGAACCCGUUCCUGAUAUCCUCACAACCGGAACGAGAACAAUACGCACUGAAUACCAGUUUGUAAACAAUGAGGAAAUAUGUGCCAAAAUGGUUAAUUCUAGGAUUUUCUUCUCUCCCAAUUAUGUUUAAAGAAAUACUUUUGAUUGAUACAACUUGUUUUUCCUCAAAACAUCAGUGCACGCUUUGUUGGGAAGGCCAAACAAAUGCAGAUCUGUGAUGAAUAUAUAUUAUCUUCAUCUGUAAUGAAUCGGUACUCAUUUGCCUUGUCAAACAGUAUGGGUUAUAAAGGAACACUUGUUUUUCUCACCACAUUUAAAAGUAACAGAACAAUGUCGGGCAACUGACCGUUGUCCGUGUACACGUUCUCUGUUACCGUGAGAUAAGUUGUCAUCAGUUUUCCUAUUUUAGACCACGGAAGGACACUUAUUUUAAAAUAACAAACAUUGGCUGGAGUCACCAUACCUCGGUUAAAUUCUAGUAAUCAUGGUAUAUGUGGCUAAAAGAAAUAUAUAAUUUUUUUUUCAGUUUGACCUAUUGACACUGAUACGUUUUGAGUGAAAUAUUUGUUGCAUCUUUUGGAAGCCUUUUAUUUGUAGAAUUAUAGACAAAGUUCCCCAAAUUUCCUUCAUGGGCAACAGUUCAUUGUACCAUCUUGAUCAUGUAUUUUGGGGGGGAAUGAGUUGGCUUUGAAUCGUGCUUCUCCUGCUUUGCUGGAAACAUCUGGUGGCCUAUCAUACUCCCAUAAGGACGUGUUGAACAUCUGGCGGUCCCACCUGUGGUGGUCAACAUUAUGCCAAAUGGCUCCAGCUUAUGAUUUCUAAGUCCUGUCCAGUUUUGUCGUUUACGUUCAGUGCAUCGAAAACAGUCUUUACAACCGUUUGAAAUACUGUGAGAAACCGUUUUGAUGAAUGGAAAGCCGAGCUCAAUGUGUGUUGCCUUCUCUGUUUCGCAUGUUUGUUACAAAUAUUGUCGUCUUCCUACUGAAUCAUGCACAGCCCUGAGAGCUGGUCUUUGUUGAGAGGAUGGAUCCACAGCUGAGAUGACAGUAACGGGAGAGAUGUGGUGGAGUCGCCUCUCCACAUCGCUAUUGUUACAACGUAUUUAAUUCUAAAUCAACCCUCUGAAGCGUUCUCUCAAACAGCAGGUGUUCUAACCUCCAGAUGUGGGCUGCUGUUUGCUUCCAAAGCACGAUUGGGUUUGGCAGUUUACUCGUCUGCUCAGGAAUCACGUACUCAUUUAAGCCGUGACCAAAUUGUCUGAAAACAUAUAAAUCUGCUUUCAUACUGCACCACUGUUGUCUUCAGUCUGAGUCCCCAUUGCAUUUGUGCCAUAACUAAAUCAGUGUUUAUAGGUAAUGAUAAACAUUAAAUAUAUCAUGUGACAAUAUGACAUUGCCAGUUUGCUAUAAUUUUUUGUUUACCUCCACAGCCAUGUCUGUCGAUAUGCAGAAUACUUCACAUUGGUUAUGUGUAUACUCUAGACAUGGUUGAUCUGUUUAAUGUAAUGUUGUAUGGGACUUCACACUUAAACCUGCUUAUUUAUAUGUACAAAUGUUAAUAUAUUGGAUUUGUAAAGGUAUUGAUUCCCUAUAUAUUUUUUCUUAAAGAAAGUGAUUGAAUUUGUUUGAAUAAACAAAUUAAACUCCAA